AUGGCUGCCACUAACCUCUCUCUGGGUUACCGAAUGUUCCAAACUUCUCCCACAAAGACAAACUCAGCAUCAGUCAUCCAUGACGUCCGCGAAGCUGCUGGAGCCACUGGAGCUGGCUCUCCACACCUUCCUAACUCGAAUUCGCAACCGUUUGACUCUUCUUACUUGAAGGAUUUCACAGCCAGUGAACUAUUCUCUUUUAUGAUUAUUGGCAUGGCUACUUCUAACAAAACUUUGUUGAAUAUCUGCAUCAAAAUGUUUCCUUACACACCACUUUUCGUGAUCAAGGCGCUCGUUUACAAGAUCUAUUGUGGUGGAGAGACCAUCGAGCAAGUCAAGGCUACGGGCCAGAGAUUGACCACUCGUGGAAUUCACAACAUGAUGAUUUCCUUGACUAUUGAAGCUUGCAAUGGUAAUGACAACAUCGAUCCCGAGUACAUUGUUACUGAGACUCAGAAGUCCGUCAACGAAAUCUUAAUUCCCCACACUCUCUCUGUCAUUGAACAGGCUCAAGACAUCAACUCCAUUCCUGCUGGGUACGUGGCCUUGAAGCCUACUGGUUUCGUUAAAAAUGCUGCUGCUGUGUUGAGACACUAUAAUGAGCCAGAGUAUAAGGAGGACUUUGACCAGUUGGUGUCCAAGGCUGCCAUUGUGUGUAGAACUAUUUUUGAGGCCAACCAGAGUUUAGCCAAGCAGUACCCAGAGAGAGUGUCGCCAUUUGUUGUUGGAGUAAUUGACGCUGAGAAGUAUGAGCUUCAAGAAGGUGUCUACGAGUUGCAGAGAAGAUUGUACCAGCAGUUUAACCCUAUGGGAUCUCCAGUGAGCGUGGUUGGUACUUUGCAAAUGUACUUGUCAGGAUCUGCCGAUUUGUUGGCUUUGGAAGAGAAGUUGGCCAAAGAAAACAACUAUAGAUUGGGCUUGAAGUUGGUGAGAGGUGCUUAUCUCCACUCGGAGAAGGACCGUAAUGUUAUUCACAAGACUAAGGAGGACACUGACAAGAACUAUAACCAAGGUAUCACCUACUGUAUUGAGUCAGUGUUGGCUGACGCAAGUAACACUUCUGCCGUGGGCCACUUGGUGGUUGCAUCUCACAACGCUGAGUCAUUGCAAUUAGCCACACAAAAGACCUACAAGGGUGAAUUAUCUCAGGGCAACAGAAAUAAAUCCAACAUCUGCUUGGGCCAGUUGUUGGGAAUGGCCGACUCGAUCACUUCUAAUUUGAUCAAGAAUGAGAAAGUUAGCAACGUCAUCAAGUAUGUUCCUUGGGGUCCACCAUUGGAGACCAAAGAAUACUUGUUGAGAAGAUUGGAGGAGAACGGAGAUGCCGUUAAGAAUGACAACGGUUUCCCAUUGGUGAAAGCUGCUGCCUCCAUGAUGAUGAAGAAGUUGUUCGCAUGA